CCCGAGUCCUGUGAAGCGCCCCUGUCCGCGCCGCCGCGGGUCCUGGGAGAGGGAGACUGGGACACAGGCCGUCAAGGAACCACUUCGCCGGCGACAUAGCCCUUAGGACGCUCGGUCCCAUCCUUGCGCUCGUACUCCAGCUCCUCCAUCUUGGCCUCGGCAUUGGCGGCUCCCGGGAGGAUGUGCCGCCUUCUGGCAGGGGGAAGAAGGAGGAGAAGAUGAAGAAGUACCAGCGGGCCCUGGCCCUGGUCUCCUGCCUCUCUCUGUGCUCCCUAGUCUGGCUUCCCAGCUGGCGUGUAUGUUGUAAAGAGAGUUCUUCUGCUUCUUCUUAUUACACUCAAGCUCAAGACAACAAUUGUGCACUAGAAAAUGAAGACGUACAAUUCCAGAAAAAGGCUGAAAGAGAGGAACCUGUUAAUGCUGAAUUUUCAGAAAAAGUGGGAUCAAAUUUACCUGUUUCUCCAGAAGAACAUAAACUAAAAGAUGACUACACUGUGGAUGUUCAAAAUAAAGAAUCAAAGUUAAGUUCACCUGUGAUUGAGACACUCCCUACAAUUAAUCUACAUGAAGAUUCUUCUAGCAUGGAUGUGAGCAGUGAAAACGUCGAAAAUAUUUCCAGCUCAUCUACCUCAGAGAUCACUCCAGUCUCAAAGCCUGAUGAAAUAGAAAAAUCUGGUACUGUCCCUGUAGUCAAGUCAAGUGUGAUUGAGCAAUCUGAAACUAAUUGUGAUGUUGGUGAAGCCCUUGAUGCAAAUGCUCCAGCUGAACAACCUUCCUUUGUCAGUCCACCUGAAAGCCUUGUUGGGCAGCAUAUAGAAAAUGUGUCAUCUUCACAUGGCAAAGGGAAGAUAACAAAAUCAGAAUUUGAAUCAAAAGUUUCAGCAAGCGAACAGAGUGGUGGUGAUCCAAAAUCUGCAUUGAAUGCUUCAGAUAAUCUAAAAAAUGAGAGUUCUGAUUAUAAAAAGCCAGGUGAAAUUGACCCUUCUGUAGCAAAUUCCAAAGAUCCAGAAGAUAUCCCAACAUUUGAUGAAUGGAAGAAAAAAGUUAUGGAAGUUGAGAAAGAAAAAAGUCAGUCAAUGCAUCCAACUUCUAAUGGGGGUCAACAUGCUACCAAAAAAGUCCAGAAAAAUCGAAAUAAUUACGCCUCAGUAGAAUGUGGUGCCAAGAUUUUGGCAGCUAAUCCGGAAGCCAAGAGCACAUCUGCUAUUCUUAUAGAAAAUAUGGAUCUUUAUAUGCUGAAUCCUUGCAGCACUAAAAUUUGGUUUGUUAUUGAACUUUGUGAACCAAUUCAAGUAAAACAGCUUGAUAUUGCAAAUUAUGAAUUAUUUUCUUCUACUCCUAAAGACUUUCUGGUUUCCAUCAGUGACAGAUAUCCCAUAAAUAAAUGGAUUAAGCUGGGUACGUUCCAUGGUAGAGAUGAGAGGAAUGUCCAGAGUUUCCCUUUAGAUGAACAGAUGUAUGCAAAAUAUGUGAAGAUGUUCAUCAAGUACAUAAAGGUGGAAUUUAUAUCACAUUUUGGAUCAGAACAUUUUUGUCCAUUAAGCCUUAUAAGGGUAUUUGGUACUAGCAUGGUGGAGGAAUAUGAAGAGAUUGCCGAUUCCCAGUAUCAGUCAGAACGUCAAGAACUAUUUGAUGAAGAUUAUGAUUAUCCACUGGAUUAUAAUACUGGGGAGGAUAAAUCCUCAAAAAAUCUUCUGGGUUCUGCUACAAAUGCCAUUCUAAAUAUGGUGAAUAUUGCUGCUAAUAUUCUGGGAGCAAAAACUGAAGACCUGACAGAAGGAAAUAAAAGUUUAUCUGAGAAUGCCACCGACACAGCUGCACCUAAAAUGCCUGAAUCAACUCCUGUUUCAACUUCUGUUCCAUCACCUGAGUUUGUAACCACUGAAGUACAUAUACAUGAAACCGAGGUAUUAACACCAGAUACACCAAAGGAGAGUCCUAUUGUACAACUAGUUCAAGAGGAAGACGAGGAGGCAAGUCCAUCGACAGUUACUCUUCUGGACACUGGUGAACAGGAAGAUGAAUCUUCAACCUGGUUUGAGUCAGAGACACAAAUAUUUUGCACAGAAUUGACCACAAUUUGUUGCAUUUCUAGUUUUUCAGAAUACAUCUAUAAAUGGUGUUCAAUAAGAGUUGCCCUUUAUCGGCAACUUGGCAAAACUGCUGUGAGAAAAGAGAAAGAUUAUCUUGUGUCACUUCAACUACCAUUAGUACUUCCCGCAGAAGCAAUAGAUGGUUCAGUAUUGCAACCUCCGCGUGGAGAAUUGGAUAGUAAGGGUAUGGAAAGGGAAGCUGAAACUGUUGUUGUUCCAGAUGACUUAAGUAGUAUGCAUGAAAGUGAUUUGAUUAAUCACACUGUUGAUGCAAUUGAACUUGAACUGAGCCAUCCUCAAACUGUUUCUCAGUCUCUUCUCUUGGAUUUUACUCCAGAAAUCAAGACAUUAUCUAAAGUAGAAGCAACGGAGUCUGUUAAACAUGAAACAGGUCAUACAGCAUCACAAGUCAUUUCCCAAGAGAGUUCUGUCGAGGUUGAUAAUGAAACAGAAAAAAAGUCUGAGAGUUCUGGUUCUAUAGAGAAGCCACCUGUGAUUUAUGAAACAAGUAAAGUUAAUGAAGUGACAGAUAAUAUUGUUAAAGAAGACAUAAACUCCAUGCAAAUCAUCACAAAACCAUCUGAAACAACAGUGCCACCUGUUAACCCAGGCAUUGUGCCAGAUACUGAAGAUGGGGAAGCCAAAAUGACCAUAGCUGACACACCAAAGCAAAUUUUGACUUCUGUUAUGGAUUCGUCUACAUUACAUGAGGUAAAAGAGGAAGACCAAUCCUCAGAGGAGGCUCUUCUGUCUAUUCCUGGAUCGGGUGGAUUACAAAGGACAGCUACAGAUUUUUAUGCUGAAUUGCAAAAUUCCACAGAUCUAGGAUAUGCUAAUGGAAAUCUUGUACAUGGAUCAAACCAAAAGGAGUCAGUAUUUAUGAGACUUAAUAAUCGCAUUAAAGCCUUAGAAGUUAACAUGUCUCUCAGUGGUCGCUAUCUGGAGGAGCUUAGCCAAAGGUACCGAAAACAAAUGGAAGAAAUGCAAAAGGCUUUUAAUAAAACAAUUGUAAAACUGCAGAAUACUUCAAGAAUAGCAGAGGAACAGGAUCAGCGGCAAACUGAAGCCAUCCAGUUGCUACAGGCACAACUGAGCAACAUGACACUGCUUGUUUCAAAUUUAUCAACAACUGUGGCCGAAUUAAAACGUGAGGUUUCAGAUCGACAGAGCUAUCUUGUCAUGUCUUUGGUUCUCUGUGUUGUCCUGGGGCUGAUGCUAUGUAUGCAGCGUUGUCGAAACACUUCUCAAUUUGAUGGAGAUUAUAUUUCAAAACUUCCUAAAAGUAAUCAGUAUCCAAGUCCUAAAAGGUGUUUUUCUUCUUAUGAUGAUAUGAAUUUGAAAACAAGAACUUCAUUUCCACUUAUCAGAUCCAAGUCUCUACAGUUAACUGGCAAAGAAGUAGACCCAAAUGAUUUGUACAUCGUAGAACCCCUCAAGUUUUCACCCGAAAAAAAGAAGAAACGCUGCAAAUACAAAACAGAAAAAAUUGAGACCAUCAAGCCAGCUGAUCCAUUGCACCAUAUAGCCAAUGGAGACCUAAAAGCAAGAAAGCCCUUUACGAACCAGAGAGAUUUUUCUAAUAUGGGAGAAGUUUAUCACUCUUCUUAUAAGGGCCCUCCAUCAGAAGGAAGCUCAGAAACUUCUUCACAAUCAGAAGAGUCCUAUUUUUGUGGCAUUUCAGCUUGCACGAGUUUGUGCAAUGGACAGUCCCAAAAGACAAAGACUGAGAAGAGGGCGUUAAAACGAAGGCGAUCUAAAGUCCAAGACCAAGGAAAACUGAUAAAAACUCUAAUACAGACUAAGUCAGGAUCAUUGCCGAGCCUGCAUGACAUAAUCAAAGGAAACAAAGAGAUCACCGUGGGGACAUUUGGUGUGACAGCAGUUUCAGGACAUAUUUAAAAUUUAAUUGAACUUUUUGUACUGGAGACUUUUGUUUUUCUUUGAAGAACAUUCUGUGGUAUUUGAAGGGAUUGAGGGAGGGAGAAGCUCCUACUGGGAAAAGUAUUCAGAAAUUAUGGUUUCUGCCUUUUUAAAAAGUAGAUGGGAUUGUGUCAAUCUUGUUAAUGAGCUGCAAUUUUACAAGGCUAAUAUUUUCCUACAAUGACAAUGGUAGACAUUUUUAAAAGCUGUUUUUCACAGGCAAAUUACUGGGACUAAAGUAAUCUGGAAGCCUAGUUCCUUAGGUGGGAUAGGAAUGAAAGCCUAAACCUCUUCCUUUAGCUUUGUUCCUAUUUCUUGCACCUUCCCAUAUUUAUGUGCCUUUUGUCUAUUUAUAAUGCCACUGGAAGAGGAGGGAGAACUUUUUCUGUCAUUUGAUUUCCUUUACAACUUUGUCUGUAUUUUGGAAGCUGCAAACACUACAAGGCUUGUGAGGUGCUCUGUGCCUGAAGCUUAACAAUGUGUAAAGAUCCUCAAAGACUCGCCAAUUAGCUCUCUGUUUAGCAAACUCACUGGCUAUUUUUUUUUUUUUUUUUUUUUUUUUAAGGUAAAUGGUGAUGCUGUUAGUAUUUCUAUUUAAAUAGUUUGGAUUGAAAUACUUUUUUCUUAGUUACUAACUUAAUGAGAAAACAUAAACCGCCAUACAAGAUCUCUUCUUGCAAAUGACUGGUAUUAGCAAACAAAUUUGGUACACUCAACUCAUAAAGACAUUUUACCACUUGUAAAGGCUUGUUUUUUUAAGCUAUAUUCCAUUUAUAGCAUUCACAAUAAACACUCAUCCUCCACACUUACAGAUCACUGUUCUAAUACUACCAAUACACCAUGUGAGAGUUUGACUACAGAGUCCAGGUCUUACAUGAUAUAAUCACUGCCUGUGUCCAUACGCAUAGAAUCAGCUCGUGAGUUUGACAAGCUUUGUCUAAUUGGUCACAUCUGAAGGGAUUAUUCCUUGAUAUUUGCUUUAUUUGGGCUACAAAUGUGCAGAGGUAUAUGUGUGUGAUGUCAGCGUGCCUGUCUCCAGUUUGUCUUAUUUUUUUCUAAUAUUGAAUGAAAUUAUUUGGUGUGUGUAGUUGUGAGUGAAAGUAGAACCUGUUUCUUUUUGAAAGGGGGAGAAUUGAUCAUUUUGUCUUGUAAGACUUAAGUUUUAACUUAUUGAGCACUUUCAGUAGUAACUGUUGUGUGAACUUGUCAAAUACCUUUCUUGGGGUAUUGUUUUAAUGUGACUUAUUUAAAGCCUUUUUGUUUGUUUAAGCUGCUGCUUUUAUGUUAUUUAGGCUAACAGUAUGUUUUAGAUGAUUUAAUUUUUUUUUCCCAGUCUGCACAAUUAGCCAUUCAGAGAAGGAGGGCUUGACUGUAUACAAGCCCAUUGAAAGAGGACUCCUUGGGAGCAGAGGCAGAGCAGAAGUGACACUGUCUGUGUGCAGCAUCCAGUGUUGUGGAAGACUUACAAUAUGUAACUACGGAGCUGUAGUGCCAUUAGAAAAACUGUGAAUUUCCAAAUAAAUCUGAACAUUUGUCUUUAUU